AUGACUUGGAUAAAGGCAUUCAUCUUUGUGCUCCUCAAAAAGGGAAUCCCUGAACUAACCCUGCUGGCUCCAGAAAGCAUAACUGAGUUCAACGUGAAGGUCAAAAUGUGCAUGCUCAUCUUGGCUCUGGUUGCAAUCACUGGUGCCUGGGGAGAGUCAGUGAAGGCAAAAGAAGUGGUUUUUCAGAGAAUGCCACUCUGUGAACACAUGGGGGAAAUCCCACCGUGCCCCAAGACGUACCAACCUGUCUGUGGAACCAAUGAGAAGACCUAUAACAAUGAAUGCCAACUGUGUAUUGCAAGAAUAAAAACUAAACAGGACAUCCAGAUUACAAAGGAUGGAGUAUGCUAA